UAGCAAUAGUUACUUUUUUUAUAUCAGUUUUAUACUGAUUUGUGCAGAUAUGUGGCUUAUAGCUUUAUAUUGUAGUAUUUGUAUGAGAAGCUUAGCGAUCAUAAUCAGAAUAAGCAGUCAAUUGAGCUUUAGAAGCAUAAAAUAUACCUUGAUAAGAAGCAUUAAGAAGAUACCUCAAUAGAUGCUUUACAAAACGCAUAUGGACAGAUUCCGAAGCUGGAUAGUGUAAAGAUAAGAUAAGAUAUAUGGUCAUUGUAGGUAAAUUAACUUGCCUAUUAUGUAUCUUCUAUACACCUCAGCAUUAUGUAAAUGUGUCAUCUUGAUUGAUGAUUAAGAGUAGGAUUCAUGGGAAGUUACAGGGUUUACUAUUCAGGACGCCGACUUCUUGUAGUAAGUGCAUAGUGUACUUUUUCUGAGAUGAAAACAAACCUUGUUCAGUUUUUGUUACUUCCAGUCCCAGAAAAUGAUGUGAUAGACCUAAUUUUUUCAUUUGAAUGUGAGCAAGCUGCUCCGUAAGUUUAUUUAAUUGAGAAGAAUCACUUGUUGCGCAAAAGAUCAUCAAUAUAUAGUAGGGGGUUUCCAGCCUAGUAAUAUCAAGGUGGUGUCCAUAUCCAUGAGGUUGAGGGUUCGAGUUCGGUAGUGUAGAAUUAGGAGUAGGAUUAGUAUGUGUGUGUGUAGAAAUGUUAUACAAGGAAAACUAUGGAUUGACUCUUGUUGUCUUUCCCUCUAAACAAAGAAUAAUCUGCUUUUGAUUGCUCAAAUCCAGAUCGCAAGGCGGUAGACAAUUUGGAAAAUGACUGUCUUGGUGUCUCUUUUAAACCCUAUAAAAAAGCUUUUCGAGCUUACACACAAGAGACUAAGUAGAGACCAAUUUCUUUUCACAGGCUCCCUUACCACACUAUAACCUUCUUCAGGUAUAUCACUGAUGAGGAUACGUCCCUAACCGGACCGAAUCAUUGCUACAAACAGAUCGGACCGGGCCUUGCACCACGAAACGGUCCGGUGUAACUAACUAGGCCCCACCUCAUAACCGUCAUGACAGCGACUGGUCCGACCCUAACUAACUCGCCACGUCAGCACACCCAAAAGCUAUAAAUACCCCGCCAAAGCCUCCAGCAAGGGGUAAUCGCUACUCUCUCUCUCCCUGACUUAUUUCCUCCUCACAAAUACUUAUUCUCACGCCCGAACUUGGUCACAGAGAGGCCCCCCUCCCUGUGACGAGGCUAACAGCGUGCUUGUCUCUUGUGAUCUUGCAGGUCUCUUGUCGGAUCAUCUGAAGUUCUACUCUGGCCAGUUCGUAUCAACUGGUUUUUGAGUCUUCAGUGGCGCCAUCCCCUCGAAUUCACAUAAUUCAUUUCGUUGUUCCCAUUUUUUCGAAGUAAUGGCAGAAUUACCAGCAGUAAUCUCCACCAGUCCUUUCCCAUCUUACAAUGAUAUAUGGGAAGGAAAUGCUAAUUCCACAAUCGCUCCAGCAGCAGUUAUCGCUUCAGCAGCCUCGAUAGGCUCCACAUCGGCUCCUCCAGCUGCAAAUGUUGUGGGUGGAAGUUCUGUCACCACACUGUCCGUUACCGCUCCAGUUGUCACGCCACUACCGAGUUUUGACAACGCUUUCCUCUUAAGGAAUGCUGAUCUGUUGCGACAGUUACAGCAGCAACAGCAGAGAGACGAGAUGCUGCAAAGUCUCCGAACAAACUUGUUUACCAGUGCCUACUCAGGGGGAAACCCAGUCUCCGUCGGUCCUUUUGCUUCUGGAUCUCUGGGAUCUUUGGGUUUAAACCCCCAAGACCAAGAGCUACUCAUGCCAUAUCAUCCCACGUCUAUGACUUCGCAGUCAAAGUUCACGCUAUGGAUUGUCAAUGCUCCACUCCCAGCUAAGCUGAAGAUGCCUCCCACGUUAAAAUUUUACGAUGGUACGUCGGACCCGGACGACCACAUGUUCGCGUUUGCCGGAGCGGCUAAGGUCGAGCAAUGGCCAAUGCCGGCUUGGUGUCUUAUGUUCGCCCAAACUCUCACCGGAUCGGCUAGAGUUUGGUUCGAUGGGUUGCCAGAGGGGUCGAUCGAUCACUUCGAGGACUUCCGACGUAUAUUCUUGCAAAACUUUUGUCAGCAGCGUCGCUGCAAAAAAGAUAUUACUGAGGUACACCACAUCAAGCGCCGCGACGGAGAGUCCGUAGAAGAUUUUAUAGACCGUUUCAACCGGGAAAGUAUGCAGAUAAGUGGAGCAGUAGAUCAGCUCCGAGUAUCGGGUUUCUGUCAUGGUGUACGGAACAAUCAAUUGGUGGAAAAACUUCACGAAGAUCUCCCAAAGACCAUGGAGACACUCAUGGAACGGGCUCGAGCUUUUGUUCGAGGGAAGAGUGCUUGCGGCCAACCGAACGAAGCGACUGCCAGGAGCUCCAAAGCCCGAACCACGUCAUGGAGACGGAACGCAUCGCCACCAAAAGAUAGGAGCAAUAACUGGAACAGAAACCGUGGUCCGUAUCAAAAAUCCGAUCGAAGCAGUUUUCGGACAGGAAACGUACGAUUCAACAGUUUCUCUGAAUUAUCAAAAUCGCCGAGCGAAAUCCUCAGCACGGAAAACACUCGAUUCCCCACGCCAUUAAAGCAACGGCCCACCUCAGAUAAGCACUCCAAGAAAUAUUGUGAAUAUCACCGAGACAAAGGCCAUACAACUGAUGAGUGUUGGGCUCUAAAGCAAGAAAUCGAAAAGGCCGUUCGAUCCGAUAAACUCUCACAUCUUGUAAAAGAAGUAAAAGAUGGAAAGAAGCCAGCAACAGUAGUUGACAAUCCGAACACCGAACCGGGAAUCAAUAUGAUCCGGUCAACAGAACCGAGAGGAAUCAAACGGUCGAACCAGCAUAUGGCAACAUGGAUGCGUCAGCCGAUGUAUUUUCCUCCGGUCGACCCCGAAGACGCUCGGGACGGACCGAUCAUAAUUUCAGCUGUUGUCGCCGGACACCUGGUUCGACGUAUUUACGUGGAUGGAGGAAGCGCCUUUGAGAUCAUGUAUAUCCAGUGUUUCCAACAGCUGAAUCCCCAAACAAAAAGGAAGUUAAUCGAAGUAUCUACCCCAUUGAUAAGCUUCUCGGGAGAAGUAGUCCGUCCGAUAGGACAGAUUACUCUUCCAACCACAUUCAAAGACGGUAGCAAAAGCAGGACGGUGCCAUUAACUUUCCUUGUUGUUCGAACUCAUUCUUCGCACAACAUAAUACUCGGACGCCCCGGAUUACGAGCUCUUGGAGCGAUCAGCUCGACAAUACACGGAGCUAUUAAGUUCCCUACCGAAGCCGGUGUCGCAACCAUCUGUUCGGAAUCGAAUUCGCUGGUCGCUGAGGUAAGGCAUACAGCCGAAACAAGCUCUAAGAAGUCCGAAGUACCUACGGAGCUAUGGGCAAUCAAUCCGGAUUUCCCCGAACAACAAGUGGCUAUCGGCGCUCAACUCCCAAAACGAACGAAGAAACUCUUAUGAGAAUUGUUAAGCAACUCGAUAGAUGUCUUUGCGUGGCAGCACUCUGAUAUGCAGGGAGUCCCCAGAUCGAUGGCACAGCAUCACCUAAAUGUAAAAGAUUCAGUCAAACCAAUAGCACAAAGAAAGAGGCACAUGGCACCGGAUCGAGCUAAAGCCAUAGCAAAGGAUGUUAAAAGCCUCCUAGACGCGGGGAUCAUUCGGGAGGUUCGGUAUCAAACAUGGGUAUCAAACCCCGUGAUGGUACGAAAAAAAGAUAACUCAUGGAGAAUGUGCAUCGAUUUCACCGAUCUAAACAAUGCGUGCCCGAAAGAUUGUUUCCCUCUCCCAGAGAUCGAUGAGAAAAUUGACUCCGUUGCAACAUUCAGGCUAAAAUGUUUUUUGGACGCUUACAAAGGCUAUCACCAAAUACAAAUGGCGGUCAAAGAUGAGGAUAAGACGGCCUUCGUCACCAAUGAAGGAGUGUUUUGUUUUACUAAAAUGCCGUUCGGUUUGAAAAACGCCGGUGCUACGUACCAGCGUCUGAUGAACAAAGCUUUUAAGGACCAGAUCGAACGAAACGUGGAGGUGUACGUCGAUGACAUCGUGAUAAAAAGCCAUGAUGAGGCCGCCAUGCUAAAAGAUAUACUCAAAACAUUUACUCGGCUCCGAAGCAUUAACAUGAAGUUGAAUCCGAAAAAAUGUACAUUCGGGGUAGAAGAAGGCAAGUUUCUCGGGGUCAUGGUCGGGUCAAAAGGCUUACGAGCCAACCCCGACAAAAUUGACGCUGUCCUUACAAUGAAGCCCCCGACAUCAAUUAAAGAAAUUCAGUCCUUAAAUGGACGAUUGGCUGCUCUCCAUCGGUUUUUGUCAAAAGCUGCAGACCGAUCGCUCCCAUUCAUGGACGUUCUCAGAAAGAGCUUUAGAUCGGAGUUUAAAUGGACGGGAGAGGCCGCACGAGCUUUUGAAGAACUUAAAGAAUGUUUGGGCACCCUACCAACCCUCAGAGUACCGGAAGAAGACGAAGUAUUAACGGUAUAUUUAGCUGCAUCGUUCGGAGCCAUCAGCGCGGUAUUAGUUGCCCACCGAACUGGAAAACAAAUCCCCAUUUAUUAUGUAAGCCGAACGUUAAAGGACUACGAAACAAGAUACUCAAAUUUGGAAAAAUUAGCCUUGGCCCUAGUCCAUGCUUCAAGAAGGCUUCGCCGAUAUUUUCAGGCCCAUCCAAUCGAGGUACGAACGGACCAAAGAAUCCAACACGUUCUCCGACGACCCGAGGUCUCAGGCCGAAUGGCGAAAUGGGCGAUUGAGUUGGGCGCAUUCAACAUAACCUUCCGAACUAAAGGUCCGUUGAAAGGACAGGUGAUAGCUGAUUUUUUGGUCGAAAUACCGGAAGAGAAAGAAACUGAAGAGGCAGGUAAAGCUCCGGAGAAGCCAUGGUCUUUGUAUACCGACGGUGCCUCUAGUGCUGAAGGAUCAGGAGCGGGCCUAAUUCUCACCGAUCCAGACGGAACAGAUGUAACGUAUGCGCUCCGACUAGAAUUCAAAAGUUCCAACAACGAGGCCGAGUAUGAAGCUCUCCUGGCCGGCCUACGCCUAGCACAGAAAGUCGGAGCCAAGAAUGUUAUAGCCCAUGUAGACUCGCUGCUCGUAGCAAAUCAGGUAAAUGGAGAAUACGAGGCGAGGGAAGCGAAUAUGAUCGAGUAUCUCGAGCAAGUAAGGCAGGCAAUGGCUUUGUUCGAAGCAUGUAGGGUCGAACAUAUCCCCCGAAGCAAAAACAAAAAAGCGGAUGCAUUAAGCAAACUGGCAUCGGUAUCAUUCAGCCACUUGGCCAAAGAAGUGAGAGCUUGGCCAAAGAAGUGAGAGUGGAAGUUUUAGCUACACCGUCAAUCGCAGCUCCGCAAGUAAUGCAAGUUGAAGUUCCACCACAAACAUGGAUGACGCCGAUAAUUAAUUAUUUGGUGCAUGAUGUUCUGCCAACUGACAAAGCGGAAGCAAGAAAGGUUCAGAUCAAUUCCCUCCAGUAUCAGAUGCAGGAAGGAGGAUUGUACCGAAAGACCUUUCUCGGACCAUUGCUAAAGUGUCUGGAUCCGGAGCAAGCUAGUUACAUCAUACGGGAAAUACACUACGGCAUCUGCGGUAUCCACGCCGGACCCAAAAUGAUCGUAACAAAGGUAAAAAACGCAGGGUAUUAUUGGCCCGGAAUGCAUGAAAGCGCCGUAAAAGAGCUCUAGCAAUGUGACGAAUGUCAAAGGCACGCACCAACCAGUCUCCGAGCAAAAAAUGAAAUGAUACCAGUAACCGCCGCAUGGCCUUUUCAAAAAUGGGGAGUUGACAUCGUCGGACCUUUUCCGAGAUCGAGCGGAAGCGCACAAUAUCUGUUGGUCGCUGUGGAUUAUUUCACCAAGUGGGUAGAAGCUCGUCCGUUUACAACCAUCUCCGGCUACAAUGUGACGCGAUUUUUCUGGGAGCAAAUAGUGUGUCGAUUCGGCCUACCGCUCUACAUUAUAAGCGAAAAUGCAAAACAGUUUGCAGAAAACCCCUUCAAGCGAUGGUGUGAAAGGUUAAAAAUCAAUCAAGUCUUUUCCUCGGUUGCCCACCCUCAGGGCAACGGGCAGGUUGAACAGAUCAAUCGACGCAUCGUCGACGGCAUAAAAAGAAGGCUAGGUCAGGAAGGAAAAGGUUGGGCGGACGAACUGCCGAACGUCCUAUGGGCACACCGAACGCUGCACAAGACCAGCAACGGUGAGACACCGUUCAGCUUGACCUACGGUACCGAAGCAGUAAUUCCGGCCGAAAUCGGGCUCCCAAAUCAAAGAUGCAAGAAUUGGGAAGAAAACGAAUGUGAACUCCGGUCCAACCUUGACCUGCUGGAGGAACGCCGAAACAUAGCGGCAAUCAAAGAGGCUCGGUAUAAGAAAAAAAUCGAAAAGUAUUACAAUGCUCGGGCUAAAAUUUACAAGUUCAAAAUCGGAGAUUAUGUGCUCCGAAACAACGACGCAAGUCGCACCGAAACCCCCGGCAAACUAACCCCAAAGUGGGAAGGGCCAUACCGAGUCAAGGAAGCCAGUGAGAAGGGCUCGUAUGUGCUAGAGAAGCUUGACGGAACCCCAGUGCCUCGAACAUGGAAUGGGGUACACUUAAAAAAGUGCUUCAUGUAAACAACCAGCUACGACUGAGGAAGAUCGCUAAUUUACAUUUUUAGUAUUUCCAGAUUUCAAUAUGUAAAUCGGGAGGGUAUUACCCCGAUAACUGUUUAUUUCCUUUGUAAUCGGGAUGUUUUUUCCCCGAACUAGUAAAUAAAGCGAUCUACAUCUUUAUAAACAUAAAGAUAGCAUACAUAUAAGUUCGAACAAAAUUUCUAAACGUGCACGAACGGGCCACGACCCAUGCCUCGCGCUGAUCGAGAAGGCUUAAAUAGUUCAAAAAGAAAUUAAAAUCUAUUGAGCAGGCGAAGCACUUCAUCCGGUGCGAUCGCCAAGUUAAAAGUAUACGGCUAAGGUUUGGACGCAAACCGAGGCUAAGUAACUAAGUUAAAAUAAAAAUGACUUAACACAAAAACAGUCAUUCGUUGUGCAAUUAAAACUGUUUCAAACGAAGCAUACCAAUAGAACACAGUGUACGGUUACAAAAAAAAAAACAAAAACAUUAAACUUGAACUAUAUUAUCAUCGUCCCCAACAAUGGGAAGUUUGCUUCUUUGUUGGAUAACAGGUAGGGGCUCGUCUAUCAAAUCAGCUACCUUGUCAAGAACGGAGAUAUUAAGUUCAUCAAAAGCUUUCACCGCGGCGUCCAGGGCACUCUGAGCUCCGGCAUCGUAACCUGGAACCUCCUCCGCAGAACCGACCAGAUCCUGCGCGGCCUUAAAACCCUGUUUUAUCCCUUCAUUCGCCCCAACCGCGUUGACACUGUUGACCAGGUCAGCAACCACCUUCUCCAAUUCAGGGCUUUGAUGCACCAACUUCACAACCCAUGCAACCCCCUCGGUCAAAAACCAGUGCUUAGUGAGUUUGAGCUCCGACAAUUGCGCAUAUGCCUCAAUCAUAUCACGCUCGCACCGAAUCAACAUCCCUCUUGCUUCAUCAAUCGUUGUCUUGUGCGACUCGAUCUCCCUGUCACGAGAUCUCUCUAUUUCGUCUUUAGCUGCAAAGAGACGAUGCUCCAAAGGAUCAAUAAACAAUAAUGUAUAAAAAAAAAGGGGGAAAGACGAGAAGGUUGUAAACGUACCAUCAACCAAGCGAUGGUAAUCAGCCAGAAGCUGAUCGUGAGACGUCUGCAUCUCUUUCAGCUCGGCGGCAUGGUUCAUCUCUGCUCCGGUUAAUUUUUUCUCCAAAUCAGCAAGUUUUGACUUAGAAGUCUCCAAAUCUUGAAGAGCUUUGUCACGAGCCUCAUGGGCCGCAGCGGCCGAAGCUUGAGAAGACUUGGUAACUUCUUUGGCUUCCGAUACCUGCCCUUUCAGUCGGUCAACUUGAGAUCGCAGGGAAACUAGCUCCUGUUUCGUUUUAGAUCGAACAUCACCCUCGCCUUUCAAAUGAGCAAUCUCACGUUUAAGCUUGUGGCACAACGACUCCGACUCGACCCAACGUUUGUACGUCUCCACCACCAGAGAGUUCGACUGAGCUUGAUUCAGCAUCAAGGUGUUUCCAAGCUCCGGUCCGCUCAUCUUGCGGUAAUGGGAAUGUUCUGCAGGAGUUCCCAAAUGAAACAAAGACAUCUUGGCCGAAAGAGCGUCCACGAUCCUAUCUUUAUUCACCAGCGACCAUUCCGGCACAUACUUCUCCAAAGCAUGAGCCGCAUCCGCACCUUCAAAAUCGCCCGAACCUAAUUCCCGAGACAAGAACACAGCCUCAGUGUCAUACCAAAGAGGGGAGGAAGAAGCACUGUCCCCACCAUCAAGCGGCGAAGAGCUUGGCCUAGACACAUUAGAUGCAACUCCCGUAGUAAACUUACCCGAAGGAGAAAGCACAGUUUUCUUGGGGUCGGACGUGCGCAAGUCCGUAACAACCUUAACACCCCCCUUACCAAAAGACAACGGGCUCACAGGAGUUUGCAGCGGAUGAUCCCGCGGGGUGCGGCCCUCAUGGAGAUGAGCAUCCAAGUUUGCCAGCACACCUCCAGCGGUAGAGAAUUCGGUAACUUGGUCGUCAUCGUCGAGUGUAAUUGUUUUAAAAUCUGCCUUCGUCCUUUUCGGCUGCCUGGCUUUUGGGUCAGUUUUAGUGGGAGCAGCCCGUUUCCUCUUCAAAGCAAUUUGAGGCUGAUCACCUUCGUCUUCACCAUCUCCCCCGACGCCCUCAUCUUCGUUCCGAUCAUUAUCUCCUUUCUCCCCACUAGCAUGUGUCUCAGAAUCUCCGACAGAAAGAUGGACCCCCUCAUCCUCGAUAAUAAUUUUAGAACCGGAACCCUUCGUCAUCGAUGAACCAGCUUUCCGACCCCCAGCAUCAUCCGCCGUAACCAUCGCCUGAGCUUGAGCAGCUGGCGACACAAUAGGGGCCGAACCUGAAGCACCUUGACCACCAGGAGCCUCCGGCUCACGAAUCGGAUAAAGAUUUUGUUGCACGAGCUGCAAAUACGGAGUAUCACCCUUCGGAGUCUUGGUAGCACGAACAUCCAGCUCCUUCGAGUCGAAGGACUUCAACCGCAGCGCCUCCUUCAAACCCAUAACUGCACAUGAAGGCAAAUGAUAAGUAAUAUCUACCAACCUAAAAAAGAAAAAGAAGGGGGCUCGAAUAUAAAUAAGUAACACAUAAAUGUAUAAGAGACUCUAUACAACUAACCCUCUUUGUUCCACCGAAGGGUAGGAUACCACUCUGGCUCGGCCCACAUCGUGCUGAUUCGACCCAUGACGAGGAUGUGUUCCGGAUAUUUCUGUAUACGUCCGGCCUCCUUUAUCAAAUCGGCGUAUAGCUUCUCGUUAUACGAAAAAUCUUCAGGAAGAGGAGGCGGGAGUUUCGACUUUUUUAUCCUCCACACCAUGAAUUCCGGAACGCACCGAUCAUCUACUAGAAAAAAGUGAUCCUUCCAGUCCUUUAUACUCGUGGUGAUCCAUGUAUAGCAGCAAGAACUCUUGUCCCUAACUUCAAAAGUAUACCAAUUUCCGGACCGGUUCAACUUGUAGAAAGCCCGGAACACAUCCAAAUCCGGCUCGGACCCUAAGCUACGACAAGCCAACUCAAAGUGACUGAUUUUGGCAAGGCCAAAAGGAUUCACUUGAGUCAAGUGUACCUCAUGAAAAAGGAGAACCUCAACCAAGAACUUCGUCAGAGGCAGACGGCAGUUACAGUAGUCGAAAAAACGGGUGUAAAUCCCAAUCUUCCCCGGGACGAAAGGGUAGAUAGGUGUAUCUUUUUCCGGAAGAAUAGGGUUUAGCGAUUUAGGAAUCGCAUAACUCUCCACAUACCAGUCUAACCCCUUUUGAGUCAAGACAUUAAAGCAACCAGAAAGAUUGCUUUUAUUCGCCAUAACAGAAAAAAGAACUUACUAACCUGAAUAAGCGGAUCGAUGCUCUUUCUCGCCAAGAAAGAUGAAGAAAGGAAGAGAGGAAGAUGAAGGAUAAAGGUAUAAAGUAAAAAAGUAAAAUUGAGAAAUCACCUCUCCCCUUUUUAUAGGGAUAUGAAACCGCCUCAAAGGCCCCAAUCAAACAACGACACGUCAUGAUAACUGACGCACACCAACCGUCACAUCGGGCGGAAAAUUUAAAACGACUGACAGUCACCAAUCUUAGAUCACCGCCCAAUUUCAAAAUUUUAAAACCGCCAAGCAAAAAGACCGUGAACUCCAGAACACUUUGACAAAUAGUUCGACAUUUUUGCUAAACAAACAUUACGAACUAGGGGGACUUGAUGAGGAUACGUCCCUAACCGGACCGAAUCAUUGCUACAAACAGAUCGGACCGGGCCUUGCACCACGAAACGGUCCGGUGUAACUAACUAGGCCCCACCUCAUAACCGUCAUGACAGCGACUGGUCCGACCCUAACUAACUCGCCACGUCAGCACACCCAAAAGCUAUAAAUACCCCGCCAAAGCCUCCAGCAAGGGGUAAUCGCUACUCUCUCUCUCCCUGACUUAUUUCCUCCUCACAAAUACUUAUUCUCACGCCCGAGCUUGGUCACAGAGAGGCCCCCCUCCCUGUGACGAGGCUAACAGCGUGCUUGUCUCUUGUGAUCUUGCAGGUCUCUUGUCGGAUCAUCUGAAGUUCUACUCUGGCCAGUUCGUAUCAACUGGUUUUUGAGUCUUCACACAAGAGACUAAGUAGAGACC